AUGGCGGACAGUAAAGGGGGCUGCUGGUAUGGCUGGAUGAAGAAGAUCUUCACUUGCCACCUGGCCGAAAAGAAAUUGAAGAGAGGGAAAUGGAAAUGGGUUCCACGGAGGCUGAGGCUGCUGGGGCAGAACCCAGUUAUUCCGGCCCCAACCACACUGCUAACCGACGCCACAGAGCGUCAGAAGAACUACGCUCUCACCGUCGCCAUGGCAGCAGCCGCCGCCGCAGAGGCGGCUGUUGCGGCCGCCAAAGCCGCUUCCGAGCUCGUCCGCCUCACCGCUCCCACCGCUCCUCACGGCAGUUCAGUUAAACGAGACCGGAAUCGGGCUGCCAUUCUGAUCCAGAGUGUCUUCCGUGCCUACCUCGCUAGGAAAGCGUUGAGAGCAUUGAGGGGAGUCGUGAAGCUUCAAGCCAUUGUUCGCGGCGAGCUGUUUAGACGACGACAAUCCGCCAUCAUCAACAAGCUCAAGCAUUUGAUACUACUAGACGAUGGUGUUGAUGAUGACUGUAAAUCCGCUCCCAUAGAUGAACAAGAAGAGAAGGACUUCAAGCAGGGGAGGACCGAUCACCAGCAUUCUGAAUCCACCGGCCACUCGCUUAGAUGCAGCAGCCAGAGAAGUUGGGAUUUCAGCAGGUUGUCCAAGGAAGAGCUAGAUGCUGUAUGGUUAAGGAAGCAAGAAGGUAGCAUGAAGCGAGAUAGGAUGAUGAGCUACUCCUUCUCCCACCAGGAAAGGAUGAACUCACAGUUACUAGAGGAAUUACUGAUGGAGGAGAAUGAUCAGAGAAGCAAUGACAGGCACUGGAUGGAGAAUCUGAGACUACUCCCCUUUUCAACUUCAUUCAAUAGCGAGACCGAAUUCAGCUCGCUUACGAAAACCAGUAAGGACAGCAGCCACCACACUAGGGGGAGGAGCAGCUCAGUUGCACGAGAUGACGACAACGACAGUGAUGGGGAGAGUUCGAGGACGACGAUCACAAGCUCGUCAGUUAAUCUACCGAUGUACAUGGCAGCUACGGAGUCUGCGAGGGCUAGGGCGAGGUCGGUGAGCAUGCCGAGGCAGAGAGUGGGGGUAGACAGAGAGGAAGGUAGCAGAGGUGGGAUGACGAAGGUGCUUUGGUCUUCUGACAGUGGUGAACUGUUUGGAAAAUCGUCUGCUAAUAAAGAGAUGGUGAACAGGAAAUGUCAUCACCGUGGAUUCAGCCUUGCUUCUCGAGGUAAGAAUGGGUGA